AGAUUUGAAACUUACAGGUUUCGAUUUGGAAGGAAUGCAGUAUCCGCUGAAGAGAGCACCGCGCAGUGGACAAUCAAUUGUAAUGCAAAAGAGAAAAAAAAAUGAAAAUACAGUACAGUAAAAGCAAUUCUUAGCGAGGUUCUCCCACAGCACCGUGAGCUUGUUGCGCCCGGAGUCCUCGUGUUUUUCGGAGUGGGUACUUCGGAAAGGCGGGAAAAAUAUAGAAAAUGCCUUUCUGCAAGAGGACAAUAGCCCCGAAAGAUGUCUGUAAAGGUGACACAAAGCGACAGAGCGCAAUUUUCGGGGACUUGGUGGAUGUAUGCGGCUUCACUCUGUGCUCAAUACUCCGGCAGCUUUCGGAUUUAUCCAGGCAGUCGGUCAGCAUCUUGGAAGAGCUGGAAGGGGAACUUGUGUCCAUUUAUCACCGGUCGGGAACGCUUGAGAACAAAGUCAUCAGUUUGCAAAAACACAUUUCUGCACUGGCCACCAAGCCACCACAAAAGACCACCACCAACUUGGACUCGGAGAACAAGCGAACGGCCCACUUCCGAUCGUCAUGGCAACAGCAUGUGAAUGUGUUCGGCUCGUGGAGUAGGCCGGAGUGCGUGCAGGAGCUGCAUCAGGAGGCGCAGCUCAAUCUCCAGAGCCUGCUGCAAGACUUUGAGGAGCAGCUCUAUGACCAAAAAGUCACAGGACAGACAUUUCGACAGCCUUCUUCACCGGGUUCAGAGGACACUUCGCAGAGCAGAUCUCCCAUUGCAGCCAACAACAAGAGACCGGAGUUUGUCUUCCUGCCAGCUUGCAAGCAGGUGUGUGAGGAUGAGAACACAUCAGUAGGGAUCAGGGCCGAGGAUUCAUCAUCAGGCAGUGGGUCAGAGCGCCCCCUACUGGGCUGGAGCUCCUCAGCGGGACCACCUGUUGCAGAGAAACCCCGCUGGUACCUGGGUCGCCACACCCCAGCGCACCUGGUGCCCAUCGAUGUAACAGAUGAUGGGAAAAUUCUGGCUGUUGACCUGAUUGAAGGCACCUGUUCCCCUGGAGCCUCGCACCCAAGACUUCUAACACCGUCUUCUGAAUCUCUGAGUCACCACUUACCGCUGAGAAAAGCCAGCAGUAACUUGGACCAAAGUCUGCCUCAGUCACCUGAGAGUUCCUCGGGCACGAUGGAGCAAGCCACGCUGAUGUGCCCCAGUCCAUCCUGGAAUGGGCCCAAGGGCUCCACCUUCUCCCCGUCGUGGAACAACUCCUUCAAUUACGUGCUGGCACCCAGCCCUGUCGCCAAAACGCCUUCAUCACAACACGAGGCCGGCAUGCUCGCCUGCCCCUCCCAGGGCAGUUCAGGGCUGUCCAUGAGCUCAGGGUCGCAUUCCAGCUCCUUCACCUCCAUAUCAAUGGAGCCAUCUGCCAGAGCCCAGCACGCUGCAGCUGCCACUGCCGCCACCUGUGUGGGGAAGAGGAUUGAGAUGGAAGGCGACACAGCAAGCCCCGGAGAGCGGGAGAAGAGGUACACACGGGCCAACGUCUUCAAGUUCCGGGAGCGCUCCCUCUCCACACCGACCGAUUCUGGCUCCUUCUGCUCGGCCGACAUUGUCUGCAGCACGGAGCCGCCUCGGGAGGGCGAGAGCUACGCCCUCCUCUACCCCAGCGGCAGCUCCGAGGGUAGCGCCAGCACCGACAAUGUAUCCGUGACGGCGGCCGACUUCUUGCCCGACGGCCGGCCUCGGAUGAGGUCUCGCAGCAUCUCCCUGAAGAAGCCAAAGAAGAAGCCGCCCCCGCCGGUGCGCAGUGUGUCUCUGAUGAAGAACCUUAGCGGCAGCAGUUCCUAUACGGAGGGGCACUUCUGUGACGGCCGGCCCAAGAGCCUGUUUAUUCCCAGGGACCACCUGGAUGACUCCUUCCAGCCAGACUUCCUCAUUAGCUCCAAGCCCCUGCAGGAGGAGCAAGACCUGGCCAUGUCUGGUGAGCAGACAGUUGCAGACUCUCAGGGUCCAGACAGAGAGCCGGAGCUGUCGUACCCUGGCCACUGGCAACUGAAUGACUGGAAGGCCAAUGACCCCUACAGGUCACUGUCGGGCUCUAGUACGGCUACAGGAACCACAGUGAUUGAGUGCAUAAAAGUACGUGGCAGCACCGAGUCCCUCAAUUCUCCCUCCACCUCCCGUGCUACCUCGCCCUCACAGCUCUCGGUAGAAGCAGAGUCCAAAAUCUCCCCCUUCAAACCUCUUGGUUUGAUGUCUCCUUCCAGCGGCUAUUCUAGCCAGUCUGAGACUCCAACCCCCACCAUACCCAACUCCCUCAUUUCUGGACCGUCAUCACUGGGCUGCAAGAUGCGACCCAAAAUUCCAGAGAGGAAGUCCUCCCUGCCUGCCACUUCCCCCGGAGAGAGGACUGCGAGGUCACGUCUGUCAUUUGAGCUGCCUGUGACUUCCCACCUGGAUCUGUCCUCCAUCAAACCCAAGCCCAAAGCCAGCAGAAGGCACUCUGACUCCUCCACUGCUGGUAAGCCGGUGCAGAAGCUCAGUCCGAGCCAGUCGGUGAUGCCUAUGGUGACUCAGACCGACCUCAGGAACAUCCGCCUGCGUUCGGUUAGCCGCUCAGAAGCCGAUGAUAGCCCUGAUGGCUCUUCUGACAUCAUUGAAGAGGAGCAAGGGAGGGACCUCAGCCCCCCUGUCAGUCCCGAGCUGAAACCCAAGCCUCCGGUAGCCGUGAAACCACCAUUGCCAAAACGGCCCCUCAACUUAAUGCUGAAGUACCCCUCUUCUAUUCCGCCUGCCCCGGACUCCCCUCCGCCCUCCCCAGUGGAUCGGCCCGUGCCGUUGGGGAACAUCUACAAGGUGAUGAAGAAGCCCAAGCCCAAGAAGCUGGCACAGUCUCCAAUCAGUCCUGGGGUGACCCAGGAGGCCCCCAAACAGCAGGUGCAGGAGCAGCCAGCUGUGGACCUCCAGCAAGGGGUUGACCACAAUGAAUUACCAUCCCCCAGCAGCCCCGACAGGCAAGACAAGAGCAAGACCUUGCCCAGCAGGAUGACCAUCUCAUGCCUGGCUGAGCUGGAUAAGAAGCGCCCCAAGGUCCCCCCGCCAGUGCCCAAGAAACCUAAUGUCCUCAUGUUGCCUAGCAAUGCCAUCCAUACCAACGGAACGACAGACAGGCAAGUCAUCUCACUGGACAGUGGCUCACAAUCCCCUGUUAGUGCUCCUACAUCUGAGGAGGCUACUGUCAAUGAAGAAAACCAUGUCGCCACAAAUGAAGUUGCCGAAAAGGAUUCCGAACAAGAGCCCGAUGUAAAGGCCCCAACCUCUGAGCCUUUAAUAGAAACCCUGCUUAAUGAAAGCAUCGCGGAGAGCAGCUCAGUCAGUGAGAAGAAUGCUUUGCACAUCACAGAGGAAGCUGAAGAGGAUGCCAUUCCCCAGCCACCCACCCCUCACACCACUGAAGACCUGUUCACCAUCAUUCACAGGUCAAAGCGCAAAGUCCUGGGGCGCAAAGAAGUGGCGGACUCGUUUGGCAGCCGGCAGAGCUUGGUCUCUCCAGUGAAGAGCAGCAGUGAUCUGAGGACCCUGACCCUCGGCAGCACGCCCAGGUCCAGCUCCCGCAAUGAGAACUUCAUGGCGCUCCUGCAGAAGAAAGGCCACAAGCCCAGCACAGGGGCCCGAGUUUCUGCCAUGGAGCUCCUGAAGAGCACAAACCCGCUGGCUCGCAGAGUGACCGAGUUCUCACAGCCCGACUCGGAGUCUGUCGGCACCCCCAAACCGCCCCAGGACCACUGACUGCCCUGCUCCAUGCUGGGACUUUUUUUGUGUCGUCGUGAGGCUUUUAUUUACAGCCAUCUUCCUUCACCGUGCUAUAAGGUGGGGGUGUGUUUUUGAAUCCUGAUUUUGAGAAAGCAUUUAUUAUUAUUAUUUGCUGUUGGAGCAACAGUCAAAAUCAGCGUAAACAGGGGGAAUAGAAUCCAGGAGUAUCAUGUAGCUGGGGCUGCCUGCUAUUCAGGAAAUUAGAACACAGGAUGCCUGAAAGUUCUGUGUGGAAAUCAGCCACCCUGGAGCAGUCACUAUGGUUACAGAAGGAAAUGGCCCAUGGCUGAACACCAGUUUACACAGACAGAUUCCAUGGAGGUACCUGUGUACAUGCUGGACAUAGCCGGAUGGAAUAAUGUAAAGCAAAGUAGUGACAGCUUCAUUUAACGUUUUUGUUUUAAAAAAUUCAGAACCUUGCUGAAUGUGUGUCUUUUGAAGACGUAGUGUGAGGCUCAUUUGAAUCUCUACAAAAAAAACAAAACAAAACAAAUGAGUAAUCGAAAACAUUCCACAAAUAUUAGCAAGCAGGACCUGGUAGCCCUCACGUUUGGAAAAAGCACUUUCAUUAUAAGGAACAUUUCUGGAUAUAGCAUUUUGUUUGACUGUCCGUUUUGUUUGUAUUAUACAUUUUGAUGAUGUUUAACCUGUAUAUAGCUAUACAUAAGUACAUACUUAAAUAUAUUAAAAGUAUAUACAUCCAUAUAAAUACAAAUAUAGGUGUAACCAGGCCUGCUAAAACUGCCUACACGGUAUUCGCUGCAUUACACUUGGGAUCAAAGAGAAACAAAGAGUACCGCCCUGCAAGACAGCUUGAAUCGUUCCCAAGGAUCUCCACACUGCCUAGACACAUACUGUGCAGCAUGUGUGUAACACACAAGUUUGCACAGAACUAAACUCACCAAAAAUCAAAGGGUCGAUAAGGGUAUGGCUCUCCUUUGAACUCUCGAGAUCAGACUGGACAGGACGGGAAGAGGUUGUGGCGAAACAGGAGUGACACACACAAGAGGAGGCAGGAGAUACGCUACAGACAUGUUCGAACGACCAUGGCUGUCUUGUAUUGCUGUACGCUCAGGUGUUCCUUACACUCAGGAGGCCCUUUCAGUUUUGGUGUGGAUGUGCAUCAUGCCUAUAGUACAUACGCUUGAGCUAUGAAGUUUCAGGUAGUAGAAAGACACUUGUCCUGUGGUCAACAAAAUGGCCGAGGUGUCUGAAGCUGUCCCCCGCCCCGUUUGCACUGCAUUGGGUUUUGGAGUGAUGAGGCAUGGACUGUUAUGUCCAUACUUCAUCAUUAUUUCACCGCAUAAUCACCUGCGACAUGUGUCUAUGCCACAAUGCAGUCACUUUACUGCCAUAAAGACUAUGCAUCAAAGCUGGAUGGACGGCCUGGGACUGGUGAAUGUAAAUGAAUGUCUAAAGAGGAUGCGACCUUCAGCAGCAUUCAGCUAAGAUUUGGUUUUAAUUUCAUUCAUGGA